AUGUCCACAAAGCUUUGGGCCAGCCUGGCCCUGGCAACAGCCUGCCUGCUGGCAGCGGCUACAGCACCAGCACAGGCAAGCCUCAAAGCACAGCUAUUCCUAUACCUUUUGCAGCCAUCACAGCAUGAGAACAGAUCCAAAGACUACCACAAUACUGCAGCGAUGGAUGUGGAUGAGCGGGAGACGUGCUGGGGUGCUCUCGAUGUGCUGCGCGAGUGCAGCGCUGGAAUGGUGUACCACGACUUGCAGCAGCACUGCUGCAUCCCCUUCCGCGCACUCGAGGGCAUGGACUGCCUCUGUGGUGAGGGCAGCGAACAGUUCAUGGGAGCUGCAAUCGACACCAUGAUGCCAAAUGUGAUUGACGGCCUGGCAGCCUGCGGAGUGGACAGCCCCUUCGCGCGGAUGUACCGGAAACAGGAAUCCUGCGCCAAACGCGUCCCCAAGGUCGCCAUGCCUGCAAUCGAUGAUGAGGAUUUCUUUCUCCUGCCUGCGCACGACGGAAAUGACUGGAUGGCGCCAGGCAUCACCUCCGGUUUUGAAGACGGCGCCAUCCGCAUGCAGCCCGGCGCUGAUGUUAUCGAGCUCCCGGACGAAGAUAUCAGCAACGCUUACUACGAGAUGACAGAUAGCAUGGACAUUGACCGCCUCUGGGACCUCUUCAUGGAGGGCCCCCGCGAAGAAACAGAUACCCCUGAGCAAGAGGGAGUGAGCAUUGAUGUUGAGUUGGAGGGCGGUCUUGGCAGCUUCAGCGUGAGCGGGAGUGACUCACUGGAGGUGGCUCUGAACGACGGCGUUCUCUCCAUCACCGAUGACAGCAGCAACUCGCUCGUCUAUGACGGCGUAUCUCAGGUGACGCUGCGCGUGGCAGAUGAUGUUGAUGUGGAUGUAACUUCGGGCGCCCCAGAGGAGCCUCAGCUGGUGGUCGCUGCCGAGGGAUCUGCCGAUGCAGAGGUCUUCAACGCUGACUUUGCCGAUGUGGGAGGCAUGAAGCAGCUGAUUGGGCAGUGGAUGGGGGGCCUGCUGGGGGGUGACGGCCAGGACAGGAUGGACCUAGGGGACAGCGAUGUUUCACCCUUAGUCAACGGUGACGGGCAGUCAUUAGUUGGUGGCCUGUCGCGCUUCCUGGCCGAGAUUCUGGCCAAGCUGGAGACUUCUUACGGUGGCGCACCUCUCGACGUGGAGAUCAGCUAUGAGAUGGACGAUGACGAGAGUGUGCCUAAGGGUGAGACGGAGAUUGACAUAGAGAUUGACCCCGAGCUGGUGCCUGCACUGACCCCCCAGUUCCUGGACGAGCGCCUGAGAGUCCUCAGCGACACUCUCAACAGGCACCCGAGGCAGGCGCCUGUGCGCGUGAGCGAUGUGGACUUCAUGGAGAUUGGAGAGGAGGUGCUUCAGCAGCAAGCGCCCACCCUCAGCAACUGCUUCAACACCGGCAUCUGCUCAUGGCUCUGCCAGCACAGGCGCAUGCUGCAGUAUGCUCUGGGCGUGGAGACUGUGCUGCUGGUGGCCCUCUUUGCAUUCUACGCACGCAUCAGCCGCCAGGCAGCGCAGCAGGGACUGGACGCUGAUGAGGAGAGCCUGAGGGUGCCGCUCAUAGAGCACGCGUCAGACUAUGCAGAGGCCGGGGCUGCAAAGGCGUCCCCUCUCUGGACCCUGACCACAAAGGUCGCCUUUGAGAAGCAAUGACCCAAUCAUUAGUCAAUGACAAGCACACAUUACAGGAACUGCACAGUGAUUUAAAACGUUCCUCGAGCAGGGAAUGCACGGGACAAGAACAUAUGCGAAUGAGUAGAAGUUUGGAACCAAGUUAACGCCGCUAAAGCUUGCAGCCGGGUGCAAAACGCAUGUAUACUUACGAUGUACGCCUCAACUACCAAAGAGGCUCAAUUUUCCCAAGACGCUAGGCAAACAAUACUUUCAAGAACUGUGCCGUUUGCAAUAUAUUGUGUUUGACAGUUGUGUAUGAUGUAGUAGGUCAAGGGCUUUGAUGUGCUCAAUGUUUUGUUGUUAUGGUCACAUUGGGAGAAUUAUUUUGCCUUCCUCUGGUGGCUUGUGAUGGGCUCGCAUGCAUGACUGCAUGGAUUGCUGGUGUGUUUCAAACAAGUUGCCUCUUUUUGUAAGACGCUGUUAAGACAUGUUCACAUGCACUCGAAACAAGCUCAGCAUCUGUAGCUAGCUGCUAAUGUGGACAUUGUUAUUUAUUUGGUCUU